AAUGCCAUGUUAUACACAUCUCAUCUCCUAACUAGCUCUCGAAAUGGAGUUUCUUCUCUCACUCCCAACAAACACCAUAGCCCCCAAAAUCUUCGCAGUUCUAUUACUCUUCAUAGGUUUAAGGAUAUUCACAAAUGUCCUAAAACCAAAGAAAUCCAAGACAUCCCCACCACUAGCUGGCGGCGCGUGGCCUUUGUUGGGCCACCUCCACCUCCUCCGCGGCCCACAGCAACCAUAUAUAAUAUUAGGCAAGAUGGCCGACAAAUAUGGUCCAAUCUUCAAAAUCAAGCUAGGCGUGCAUCGAACUCUUAUUGUAAGUAACUCCGAGAUUGCCAAAGAGUGCUUGACCACACAGGACAAAGUCUUGGCUGGUCGUCCAACGACUGUGGCCAUGGAAAUCAUGGGCUACAAACGGGCCUUGUUCGGUUUCUGCCCAUACGGCCCAUAUUGGCGUCUAACCCGGAAACUAACAACUUCUGAGCUUCUCUCGACCCAACGGCUCGAGGCACUUAAACACAUAAAAGAAUCCGAGGUGAUGACUGCCAUGAAAGACGUGUACCAAUCAUGGGCCGACAGAAAAACAGAGUCUGAUAAGGUUCUGGUGGACAUGAGUAGAGUGUUCGGGGACAUAUCCUCAAACGUGAUGUUUAGGAUUGUUGUUGGAAAAGUGUAUUCGCGUAAGGGUCAGAGGGAUCUGAAAUGGAAGCAAGUGUUGAUCGAUUUUUUUAAGUUGAUGGGUCACUUUGGUGUGGGUGAUGCGUUGCCGUUUUUGAGGUGGUUGGAUUUGGGAGGUGUUGAGAAGUCCAUGAAAAGGAUAAGCAAAGAAUUGGACAAUUAUGUUGAAGAAUGGAUGGAAGAGCACAAGAGGAAGAGACUGAGUCGUGGUGACGGGAUUGUAGAUGAAGACUUCAUGGACGUGAUGCUUUCAGUUCUUGAUGAUCAAAUGGAGGAAAGCACUGGCUAUACUGCUCAUAUAACGAACAAGGCCACGUGCUUGUCUAUUAUAUUGGCAGGAUCCGACACAACAAGGACUACUCUAACUUGGGCUCUAUCACUGCUACUCAACAACCCUGACGUCCUGAAAAGAACUCAACAAGAGUUACAACUCCAUGUCGGCAAAGAAAGACUAGUGAACAUAUCAGACAUGAAAUCCUUGGUCUACUUUCAAGCAGUUUUGAAGGAAACCUUGCGAUUAUACCCUCCUGGACCACUCUCAAUACCACACGAAUCCAUGGAGGAUUGCGUCGUAGCCGGUUAUCAUGUCCCAGCAGGGACUCGAAUUCUCUUCAAUCUCUGGAAGAUUCAACAGGAUCCAGACAUUUGGAAGAAUCCUUCGGAGUUCAAGCCAGAGAGGUUUUUGACAACACACAAGGACGUUGAUGUUAAGGGACGGCACUUUGAGUUAUUACCAUUUGGGAGUGGUAGAAGAAUGUGUCCUGGAAUACCUUUUGCAUUUCAAGUCAUGGAGCUUGCGCUUGCUAAUAUGCUUCAUGGUUUCGAUUUUUCAACUCCGAAUGGUGAACCAAUCGAUAUGACUGAGGAAAAUGGAUUGGUCACACUUCGUGCAACGCCACUUGAAGCCCUCAUUAGUCCACGCCUCCCCGGUCAUCUCUAUAUGGAGUGUAUUUGAACAUGCGAUAUAAUUAAGGUGUCAUUGUGUCUAUCUAAAUAAUUUGUUAAUGCAUUUGGGAAGGACGAUGAGAUCUUUUGUUUAAAUUGUCUCGGUUUAGCUCCUAAUGUGUCGUUGUACGUGUCUACUUUGCUAGUUUGCAUGAUAUAAUUCAGAAAUAAAAUAAAUAAUAUAUGUAUUUGUAUCUAGUGUAGAAGGAUAUCAAGAGGAGUUUCGGACAA